ACACGCUUUCUGACGUUCCACUAGGGAGGGCUUGAGACCUGACUGGAGAAGCACGGUUGUCUGACAAGAGACGGUUUCUUGGUCUGCUGCUAGCCUUGCGGUUUGAGUUCCAGAGUUAGAGCAAACGUGUUUGAUAGCUUCAUUAAUCUAUUGUAAAACUAAAUAGCUUCGAACUGUUAAACCGUCUGUUAAUUUGCACAAACUGUGGUAGCUAGCCGAACCCCUCAGACCGUUAACACAUUCUUCUGACUGAAGAGGAGACACUGAGCUAGCUAUCUAUUUAAGACACGUAGAAAGCUAACCGGCUGGCUGGCUAGUAAAUUUACUAAUUCAAACUUUCUACCUCAUCGGGGAGAGACACAGAACCGUUAUCCAGCGAUCUCAACAACUACCUUAUUGAACAUCUACCGUUGCAUUGAGAUAACAAGUACAUCUGCAAUAUUUUCGAAUUUGGGCACCAUGUUUAAAAGGGAUGGCAAGAAGGACCCAGAACUAUUCCAAAAUGUCUCUGAAGGGCUGAAAAAACUGUACAGGACCAAACUCUUUCCAUUGGAAGACACCUACCGCUUCCACGAUUUCCAUUCACCCGCUUUGGAAGAUGCCGACUUUGACAACAAGCCUAUGGUGCUCUUGGUUGGCCAAUACUCUACAGGUAAAACCACCUUUAUCCGGCAUCUAAUGGAGCAAGAUUUCCCCGGCAUGCGGAUAGGGCCCGAACCGACCACCGACUCCUUCAUAGCGGUCAUGCAUGGAGAGCAGGAGGGGCUGAUCCCAGGCAACGCACUAGUAGUUGACCCCAAGAAACCCUUCAGAAAACUCAACGCUUUUGGCAAUGCUUUUCUUAACAGGUUUGUGUGUGCUCAGAUGCCCAACGCUGUAUUGGAGAGCAUCAGCAUCAUCGACACCCCAGGAAUCCUGUCUGGAGAGAAGCAGAGGCUCAGCAGAGGUUAUGACUUUGCUGCAGUGCUGGAGUGGUUUGCAGAACGCGUUGACCGCAUCAUCCUGCUCUUCGACGCCCACAAGCUGGACAUCUCAGAUGAAUUCUCUGAGGUGAUCCGCGCCCUGAAGAACCAUGAGGAUAAGAUGCGGGUGGUUCUGAACAAGGCUGACCAGAUUGGCACGCAGCAGCUGAUGAGGGUCUAUGGCGCCCUCAUGUGGUCUCUUGGUAAAAUUGUUGGCACUCCAGAGGUGAUCCGGGUGUAUAUCGGUUCUUUUUGGGCUCAGCCGCUCCUGGUCCCAGACAACCGGAAGCUUUUUGAGGCUGAGGAACAGGACCUUUUCAAGGAUAUUCAGGGGCUGCCUCGGAAUGCUGCUCUGAGGAAGCUCAAUGACCUCAUCAAGCGGGCUCGCCUCGCCAAGGUCCACGCUUACAUUAUCAGCUCUCUAAAGAAGGAGAUGCCCAAUAUGUUUGGGAAGGAUAAUAAGAAGAAGGAGCUGAUCGCCAACCUGGGGGAGAUCUACACGAGGAUUGAGAAAGAGCACCAGAUCUCACCUGGAGACUUCCCCAAACUAGCUAAGAUGCAGGAGAUCUUGGCAAACCAGGACUUCAGUAAGUUCCAGGUGGUGAAGCCCAAGCUGCUGGAGGCCGUUGAGGACAUGCUAGCCAAUGACAUCGCCAAACUCAUGACCCUCGUCCGCCAGGAGGAGGCAGCCAUGCCCAGCCAGUCAGUCCAAGGUGGUGCCUUCGAGGGCACCAUGAAUGGGCCCUUCGGCCAUGGCUACGGCGAGGGUGCAGGCGAGGGCAUUGAUGAGCUGGAGUGGGUAGUGGCACGAGACAAACCCACCUACGAUGAGAUCUUCUACACCCUGUCUCCUGUCAACGGCAAAGUGUCUGGUGCCAUGGCCAAGAAGGAAAUGGUGAAGUCCAAGCUGCCCAACACAGUGCUGGGGAAGAUCUGGAAGCUGGCCGAUGUAGACAAGGACGGUUUCCUGGACGACGAAGAGUUUUCCCUUGCCAAUCACUUGAUCAAGGUGAAGCUUGAGGGUCACGAGCUUCCCACUGACCUGCCAGAACACCUUAUCCCCCCCUCCAAAAGGGGACUGUAGAAUUGGAAAUCUGUCAUAUAUGGCAUUGGAAUAGGCCUGAACAAGUAGAAUGGUGCUUAGAGGUGUUUGGGAGAGCUGGGUGGGUGGAUGGGAUGAGCUAAAAGGUAAAGGGUUAGUAUUUUUGGCCAGGGUAAAUGUGACUGUUAAGUGGGUGUUCAAUAGCAAACCGCCUAGAUAAGGUGUUAUGGGGUAUGGGAAUGUGACAUAAAUUGUGGUGUUGGGGUUAAAGUAAUGUUAGCCUGUAUAUGACAAUUGGCAUAGUCCAUUCAAAAAUAGAAAAAGAUAAAUAAACAUGUUUAACUUAUUCAUCACCUGUGAAUCCCUGAUCUUUAUUAUUACUUAUAUUUCUCAUCAUUAUCAUAAGGCCUUUGAUGUCAUUUGUGCUCACAGUACAUGCUCACAGUACAAUCGCAUUUAAAUUUUCCUCAUUGGGCCAUGUCCAAAAGUUAAUUCAAUUUAUUCCUUUGAUUAAAAAAUGUCUCGUAUAAGAGGGUUUGUAUACUUAUACAGGUCACUCAACAAAUCAAACGAUUAAAGAAAUAAGGGACGCUCAUAACAAAUAUAUGCUGGGGGAAAUUAUAUUUAAUCCUUGUCUUCCAUUAAGUUCGAUAUGAUUUGUCUGAGUUUAGUCAAUUUAUUCUACUUACAAACAUUUAAUCAAAAUAUGAUAUAAUUUCUAAUCAAAACAAUGUGUAUGUUUAGCUUUUCUAAAGCCAUUAUAAAGCAAAGUGUUCUUUGAGUCUGAAAACAAGCGUUGCAGAAGUACAAAUAUAGGGCUACCUGUUAGCAGGGCAAAUAUUGGUCACCCCAUAAUGAAUGAUAACAAUAGACAAGGUAUUAGUGUUCUUCCCAGCAUGCCAAACACUUCUGCUUUGUUCUCUUGUGUAGACUCAACUGACAUGCAGAUGGUACAUCAACCUUACAUUAUCUGAACUUCUCAUUAUUGAAUAAUAAGUUCAGAUUGUUGUGCCUCAUAUUGUCACGGACUUGUAGAUGUAUUAGAUCACAGACAAACGUUUGUCUUGGACAACAUGGCCUAGCUCCUGGUGUCUUUAACAGCUGUCUCCUGUAAACCAUAUUUUGUCCAAUUAUGAAAUAUGUGACAUUUAAGCUACAUUUUGCCAUUUCAGUCAAUUUAUCAUAUGGAUUUUUUUUUCUGAUAUUGUACCGAUCUAGUUGGGCAUACAGUAUGCAUUAACAAAAUGUCUGAUCAAAUAUAUUUAUGGAAAACCAAUUAACUGAUUUUAGGGGACAGACUAGCUUCAAAAUCCCAGUUUGAUCCCUGGCAGUCACAUCUUUGGUUAGCCUUUAAUGACAGUCGCUGUAGACGUUUUUGUAGAAGUGCCUCAACUUUACAGCUCUUAAAUGUUCAUAUGUACAUUGUUUUUAGUCUAUUUUGAAAUAAAAUUGUAUUAUAAUACAUUAGUUUUUCAUAGACUUUGUCUGUUUUGAAAUGACUGGAUAAAACAUUGCUAAAAUUGUCCUUGUUCAUUCCAGUGCAGUAGUCCUUAUAAUUAACUAUUUGAAAAUGUACUAACUGUUCAAAUGCAUUAUUAAAAUACACUUUGUAUAAA